AUGGUGGCCGAUGCUCUCAGUCGUAGGGCAAUGUCUACUUUGAUGGCGAUGUUUGCUCGCCUAAGUCUGUUUGAUGACGGGAGUUUGUUAGCUAAGUUGUUGCCCUUAACAUCUACUAAGAAGGAUUCUAUAUGGGUCAUCGUGGAUCAAUUGACCAGGGUUCUGGUUUUGAUUAUUUCAAAUAGAGAUCCUUGUAUCACUUCUCAUUUUUGGAGAAAACUUCAUGAAGCUUUGACUUCGAGGAUGGACUUCAGUAUUGUAUUCUAUCCUCAGAAAAAUGGUCAAUCUGAGAGGACUGAGUUGGGUGAGCGACGAGUUUUGGGCCAAAAGUUGGCUUUUGAGACUAAAGACAAAGUUAGAUUGAUUCAAGAUCGUCUUAAGGCAGCUUCUGACAGGCAGAACUCUUAUGCAGAUCUACACAGGAGGGACAUCGAGUAUUUUGUGGGGGAUUGUGUGUUCCUCAAGGUAUCGCCAUGCAAAAAGGUUUUGCGAUUUGGACGUAAGGGCAAGUUAAGCCCUAGGUUCAUUGGGCUGUAUAGGAUUCUGAAGCAUGUGGGACCGGUUGCUUAUCAGUUAGAGUUACCUUCAAAGUUAGACCGUAUCCAUGAUGUGUUUCACGUCUCCAUGUUGAGACGGUAUCAGUCUGACUCAUCUCAUGUUGUUUCUGUUAAGGAGAUUGAGGUUAGAUUAGAUUUGACUUUUGAAGAGGAGUCGGUUCAUAUUCUGGAUCGAGACAUUAAAGUUUUGAGGAGGAGAUUUAUUCCGUUAAUGAAGGUUCUAUUUUGA